AUGCCCGCAUUCCGACCUACUCCUCUGGCGCUCCGGGCCCAGCCCAACUUCAAUCCGCACGUCGGACGCAUUACCCCGAGCACCUUUGUCAAGUGGGGGCCAACCCUCGCCCUCUGGGGUGGUGCCGGCGCCGGCGCCGUCAUGCUCUUUAUGAGCAACGUGCCCAUCUUCAAGCACGACGUCCUCAUCAAGAUGCCCUUUAUCGCUUCGUACUUUGAGGACAAGACCCACCCCGCCGACAACGCCUUCUAG